CAUCGUUCCUGAUCUGGAAUUUCCCCUUUUUCUGCCAUUUAAAAGCUUCCCAAUGAGGGCAACGUGAGCCCAGCGCGCUUCAAACUGAAAUACGAGGUUCAGGACAAGAUUAUGUAGCAUUUUGUGCAAAAAAAGAGGACAAUAGAAGAGAGCAGGUGUUGCAUGUUUUUUUAAAUGGGAAAUCUGUUGGGCAGCUGGCGUUUCAAGGAGCCGAGCACCGUUGAGGAAUGCGACUCGACGUGGGGGUCGGAGUCCGAGAGCGACGAGCCGGCGGCGGCUGAAGAUGACAGCUGCAUCGCCGACCCUGUCAACCCGGUGGAGAGCGACCGGUGCGCCGGAGACACGUCCCCGCAGCUGACAGAAUCUCCGGAGUCUGUUCAAAAGAUGAAGAGAAGUUUCUACGCUGCUAGGGACCUCUACAAAUACCGACAUAGCUAUCCGAACUACAGAAAGUCCUGGCAACCCAACGAGUAUCGUAACCUUCGCUUCUACCUGAACAAGAUCCCUCUUGUACCUGAUGGUAUCUAUAUAGAGGAGAUUCUGACUAAGUGGAGAGGCGACUAUGACAAACUGGAGCACAAUCACACCUACAUUCAGUGGCUGUUUCCGUUAAGAGAACAAGGGCUCAACUUCUACGCACAUGAACUGACUCAGGAGGAGAUCAAAGAAUUCCAAAGCACUCGGGAAGCUAAGCGCAGGUUCCUGGCGGCCUAUUCCCUGAUGUUGGACUUCUACGGCAUCAAACUGCUGGAUAAGAGUGGUAAUGUUGCCCGCGCUUCCAACUGGCUGGAGCGUUUCCAGCACCUAAAUGAGUCCCAGCACAACUACCUGCGCAUCACCCGCAUCCUGAAGUCCCUGGGCGAGCUGGGCUACGAGGCCUUCAAGGCCCCACUGGUCCGUCUGUUCCUGGAGGAGUCGCUGUGCCGCAACACCCUUCCCAACAUGCAGCACAGCAUCCUCGAGUACUUUGUCUACACCAUCCGCCUGCCGGCCACACGCAGACGCCUGCUCCGCUACGCCCGCCAGCACUACAGGCCGGCCCACGCCUUCCUCUGGGGACCAGCGCCCAAACAGCGAGGGGGGGGUGUUGGUGUCGGAGGCAGCGGAGGCGCUGGGAGUAGUGGGAUCAGAGCACCUGCUCCAACACCAGAGCAACACAGGAGGGGGGAGGAGAGCACCAGCUCCCCAUCUGCAAAUAGCAGGGUGGUUGUGUCUUCCCAUGAUGCCAUGCUGUGCCCGGACCUGGCUGCAGGAGUGCCACAGGGCCGCACAGGACUCGCUUUGAAUACGGCUGAACUGGAGGGAGCGCUGAUGAUGGCGGGAAGGAGAGGAGAGAGGAACGAGUACAAUGAGGUCGUCCCUUUGUAGGGGGGUGGGCUUUGGUUGUUAUUUACUUAUUGGCAGUCGGUGCAGUUGUUCAUUGUUCCAGAACUUUAUUCUUAGCAGAGUUACGAAGCUUCUGGACGCUGAAGCCUAGGGGCACACUAGGGAUGUAACGAUUCAACUUACGAUUCGAUUCACAAUUUUAAGUUGAAGGUACAAUUACUAACCAAAUGAGCUGCAGCCUGAAUGAAUGAAAAACAUUCCUUUAAGUUUAUAAACUGCAAAACAACAGAUGUGUCCUUAUCAAAAGUGAAAAAACUGAAAUUGAUUUUUUUAAAUCUUUAAUCACAAAAAUGUACUAAAAAAUGAAUAAUUAGAUUUCUUAAACAAACCCCACCAUCAGAAGAUCUAAAUAAAUAGAAAAAAGAGCUGUUCAAAUAAAUCAACUAAGAAGACGUAGUGACGUCUCAAGUCAAACAAGUGGAAUCAAAAAUAGAUCACGCCCUAAUCGCGAUUAAUUUUUUUAUCCCACAUUUCUAUUGUUUUUUUUUUAACCACGUUACGCUGCAUCGCUACAUCCCUGGUGAAGUGGUAGUAAUAGUAACACAUUCAUAAAGUCUGACAAAUGUGUCAUUAGAAUUAAUUCAGGUUAAGGGCUUACUAUAAACAGCUAGGAUGUUAUUUCGUGGCUGAUGAAGGUGUCUCCUCCGUACAGAAUUUGGGAUGGGACCGGGGGU